AUGGCGACCAUAAAGCUUCCAAGUGGUUACAAAUUAAAUCCCAAGAAUCAGGAUAUCUUGGGCUACUAUCUUUUUCACAAGAUUGUUGGAAAGUUCAAGACUCCGCUUCAGUUGCCGGUGAUUGAUGUUUAUUGUCAAGAACCCGGUGAGAUAUGGCAAAAUUUAGGAGGUGUUGAUGGGGAAGACCUCUAUGUUUUCACCAAGCUGAAAAGGAAACGUACUCGCAUCAUUAGAAAAGUUAGUGCCCCCAAUUCUGGUACUUGGAGUGCUGAAACAGCACCUACUAAAAUAUUUUCGUCCACCACUCCAAAGACCCUGUUGGGUACUAUGAAACGUUUUCAUUAUGAGAACGGUCAAGACUGCAGUCAAUUUUCCUGGAUUAUGUACGAGUAUUCUCUCGAUCCCUCCAUUCUACCAUCAACCAACACAAUCGAUAUAAAAGAUUCCUACGUACUUUGUAAAAUCCGAAAAAAGAUGAAAAAUGUUGAGGGUGAUCAAGAAGAAGCUCYCAUUGAAGAUCAACCAAAUUCCAAACGUAGAAAAAUUCACAAGGAUCUUCAACUUUCAAAUGACAUUAGACCUACUGAUACAUGUCCAACUACACAAAUGGGAUUCUCUCGUCUAAAUCUCAAGGAAUUUCAAGAAGAACUCUGCAACAAUAAUUUGGAAAUCAUCCAUACUCGCCCAACAAUGCAAAUAGAAUCUUUUAAUCAGGACUCUGAAAGCAUGCAGUUUCUGACAGAAGGUGGAUUGUACGAAAAUGUCGACAACAUUGAUAAUUGGCCAAUAUUUUUGGAUCAAAAUCUCUACGACRUGGAACCUACCAAUCCAUGUCCAACGGCACAAUUACAAUUUUGUGACCAAAAUCCCAAUAAUAUGCAACCUGCUAAUUCAUGCCCAGCACAAGUGGAGUUAUGUGAUCAAAAAGUGGACAGUGCAGAAGGUUCUGAUACACGUCGCUAUGAAGACUUUGGCAUCACAUUCAACUUGGCGUAG